AUGAAAGCUGCUUCUUUGAAUAGAAACAAUUUUAUCCGUCAAAUACGAAGAAGACCUUUGACUUUAUUGGGUCCUUUAUUUUUAAUUGUUUUAACUUAUUGGUUUUUCUUUACAUCAUCAAAACCAACAUCUAAAUAUAGUUAUAAAACUAAAAAAAAUGGAUUUUUUAGUAGACAACAUGAUGUUAUUCCAAGAAAUUUACCAGGUGAUCAUAUUGCUCAUUAUGAUUUAAAUAAAUUAGCUUCAACUCCAAUGGCUGUUUAUAAUAAAGAAAAAGUUUUAAUUUUAUCACCAAUGUCUAAAUUUUAUAAUGAAUAUUGGUCAAAUUUAUUAAGAUUAACUUAUCCAAGAGAAUUAUUAGAAUUAGGUUUUAUUGUACCAAGAAAUAAAGAUGGUGAUUUAGCUUUGAAAAAAUUAGAAAAAGCUAUAAAACAAAUUCAAACUGGUAAAAAAGAAAAUCGUUUUUCUAAAAUUACAAUUUUAAGACAAGAUACUGAAUCUUUAGAUAAUCAACAAGAAAAACAUAGACAUGCUUUAAAAGUUCAAAAAGAAAGAAGAGCUGCAAUGGCAUCUGCAAGAAAUUCUCUUGUUUUCAGUGCUUUAGGUCCAUAUACAAGUUGGGUAUUAUGGUUAGAUGCUGAUAUCAUUGAAUCACCACCAACUUUAAUUCAAGAUCUUGUAUCUCAUGAUAAACCAAUCAUAAGUGCAAAUUGUUAUCAACGUUAUUUCGAUGAAGAGAAAAAACAAGAUUCUAUAAGACCUUAUGAUUUUAAUAAUUGGGUUGAAAGUGAAGAAGGUUUAAAAAUUGCUGAAAAUAUGGCUGAUGAUGAAAUUAUUGUGGAAGGUUAUGCAGAAAUUGCCACUUAUAGACCUUUAAUGGCUCAUUUCUAUGAUGCUAAUGGUGAUAAGAACACUGAAAUGGAAUUAGAUGGUGUUGGAGGUGCUGCUGUUCUAGUUAAAGCUGAUGUUCAUAGAGAUGGUGCCAUGUUCCCACCUUUCCCAUUCUAUCAUUUGAUUGAAACUGAAGGUUUCGCUAAGAUGGCAAAGAGAUUAGGUUAUCAAGUCUUUGGUCUUCCAAACUACUUGGUUUACCAUUACAAUGAAUAA